AUGGCGCUGUUGAAGGAGCGAGUACAUGGAAAAGUAGCAGAAGGAUCUUUUGAGAGUCCUGAGCCUAAUGUAUUAAUAAAGUUGAACUUACGAAAUUUUGUUGGGAAGGUGCUUAAGAGCAAAAAUAUGUGGAUAGUGGAGCUUGCUCCUGAGUGGAGGAAAACUACUAAAUACCUUCGCGGUAAGGUGAACCAAGGCCAUGUAGAUUGGGAUGCAGAGAAGUCUUUGAUGAGCAAGUACAAUGUUCAACGUUUCUCCACGAUGUUGGUAUUUGGCCCUGUCCCACACGAAGGUACAAGUACAGCUUCACCUAUUGAGUCCUUUGCAAUAGAGAAGCUGGAAACAAAUGUUAUACCUCUUAAACUCAUUGAGUCGACUAACCCAGUUGUCAUAGAAGGGAAGUGUAAUUCUGCUACUAUUUGUUUUGUUUCCUUCUACGGUGUCACGACCCAACCCCCGUAG